AUGCAUAAGUUUUUAUUAUUGUUAAUACUAUCUUUGGCCGAAUGUGUAUAUAGUGAUAAUUCUAACCGUCGACCAGUGUUGGAUACUCACAUUGGAAAAUUUUACGGUACGGUGCUGGAGUUUGAAGGUGGAAUCAAAGUUGACGCGUUUUAUGGCGUUCCUUAUGCCAAACCGCCUGUUGGUGAACUGAGGUUUGAGGUAGGUUAAUAUGGUUUUUUAGGCUUAGGGUAAGGUUAAAAUGUAGCUAGAGUCACUAAAGAGUACUGUUUUUGCUAGGAUAAGAACAUGGUAGUUUAGGGUAAGAUAGGGUAGGGUAGGGUAGGGUACGGUAGGGUAGGGUAGGAUAGGGUAUGUUAGGGUAGGGUAGGGUAGGGUAAAUUAGGGUGGGAUAAAGUAGGGUAGAGUAUCAUAGAGUACGGUAUGGUACGACAUGGUGAGGUAGAGUACAGUACGGUACGACACGGUAUGAUAGAGUAGUUAAGUGUUUGAAUUUAUACAUAUAGUUGGGCAAUUUCUUUGGGCUUGGCAGAGCUACAAAAACAAAAAUUUUAACAUUUUUCGAUUUUUCAGAAGCCACAAGAUGCUGACUAUGUUGAAGAACGUAAUGCCGCAACAAGACCCAAAGCUUGCAUUCAAAAAAUGCCGUGGAAGCAAAGUGAAGACUGCUUAUAUAUGAAUGUUUAUAGGCCUCAUGAACAGGUAGGGGCUUGUACAAGACUUGGUAAGGCUAUAGUAAAGCUAAAGUAAAGAUAGGAUAUGGAUUGAGUUCGAUUACUAUAUAUAAGUAUGUCAAGUUGUUGAAUUUAAGCUGAGUAGAUUAAGUAAGAUAUGUCACUGUAUGUAUUGUUAUAGUCGCCAACCGGCUAUCCAGCCUUCUUUUUCAUUCACGGUGGUGGUUAUCAAAUGGGAAGUGCUGAGGAACAUACCAAAGACUACGUUGCUGAACACUAUGCUGGUAGUGGGAUUACUGUACUUAUUCCUCAGUAUCGGCUCAACUUUUAUGGUAGGUAAUUCUUUAUUAUGGUUUUUUCUUCUUGUUUUCUUUAUGUUCUGCUUGUUUUUGUUGUUAUUCUUCGUAUAAUUGUUCUUUUUCUUCUUCUUCUUUUUUUUUCUUUUUGUUUUUUUUCUUCUUUUUCUUUUUCUUUUACUUCUUCUUUUUCUUUUUCUUCUUGUUUUUGUUGUUGUUGUUGUUCUUCUUCUUCUUCUUCUUCUUCUUCUUAUUCUUCUUUUUUUCUUUUUCAACUUCUUUACUUCUUUUUUAUCUUCUUCUUGUUAUUCCAUUAAAUCUUUUCUCUGCCUUCUACUCUUUCAUUCUUAAUCAAUACUUGAACAUAUAUAAUCCUUCAGGAUUUGCCACAACAAAAACCCCGAACCUACCAGGCAAUUUGGCGUUACAUGAUCUUCAUCUGGCCCUACAAUUCACUCACAAAUACGCCAAAAGCUUGUUCAUAGAUCCGAGCAGGAUUACAGUAGCCGGCUACAGUGCUGGCAGUUCUGCAGCUAGCGCCUUAUCAAUCAGUCCAUUGACUCAUGACAAAUUUAGUCAAGUACUUCAGUUCAGCGGCUCUACAUUAACUCAAUUUGCUUUUAGUAGACGUGGAUAUGAGAAGACGUUGGAGGUUUUGAAAAUUUUGAAAUGUGACGAAAAUGAAAAUGCUAGAGAGUGUUUGAAAUCCAAAAGUGUUGAACAGAUUAACAGUGCUGUGGCUGAAGCGGUGAGUUUUUUGUAUUAAAAAAUUGAAGGGUGGUUAGGGUAGGGUAAGAAAAAGUGGGGUAACGUGAGCUGGGUAAGGUAGUGUAAAAUAAGGUAGACAAUGGGCAGAUAGAGUAGGGCAAAGUAGAGUAAAGUAAGGUGGGUUAGGGGUGAGAAACAGGUUGGCCUUGAGCUAAAUUUAGGUCGGGUUAGGCCUGAAUAUUAAAGCCCGGCCCGUUUGUACGUUAAAAAAUCGGAUCGGGUCUAAACUUCGGGCCCUGGGAGUGAGCUGGGCUUCAAAAGUGGACUCGGCUUAGUCCGUUUCUCACCCUCAGGUGGGGUAGGGUGUAACAGGGUAUGGUAGGGUAGAUAAGAGUAGGAUAAGAUAGAGCAGGGUAGGGUAGGGUAGGGUAAAAUGCGGUAGAUUACGGUAAAGCAACGUAAAAUCAAAAAUUACAAAACUUUUGGGCGUGGUAAAUUUUGAAAAAAAUAGGGUAGGGUAACUAAAAAUGUGUGUUUUUAGCACUCUUUCGAUGGCGAAUCAAAUCAUUUUGACUAUCAAGCUGUUGUUGAUAACGACUUUUUCCCCGCUGAUCCAGAAAUUCUGAUUAGUCAAGCCAAGCCUAAAGUCACGAUGAAUUCUAUGAACGAAAAUGAAGGACUUUUGUUUUGUGAGUUAACAUUAACAUAUUCUUUGUAAAGAAAAUUAUUUCGAUUAUUAUUUAAAUUUUAAAACGACCUUUUCAGCCAUUUUCUUCUCAUCAGAAGUCGGCUUCAAUUUGGGCUUGACUAAAGAACAGAAAGAGAAGUUUACUGUAGAUGAUUUUAAAAAAUUCAUUAGAAGAACUGUCGUCGAGCAAGAUUUAUUCAAAGAAGAACAUGAAGCAGCAUCUGAAGAAGUUAUCGACUUUUACUUGAACACUUUGGAAGAAGACAAACAUACUACUGAGUUCUACUUGCACUUGUAUGCUAAGGUAGGUCUUACUAUGGGUUUUACUUUACCUUAGCUUUGUCAUGCCUAACUUCUACAAUAUCUUUGCGUUACUGUGUCUUGCAUUGACCUUUGUCUUCAGUUGCCGUUCUACUUUGACUUGUAGUAUUUUACUUUUACUUAUUGUACCAAGGCUUAAUUUACCGUACACAAUUUUUAUUACCGUAUUCUUUCUUGAUCUACCAAAGUCUACUGAUCUGCCUUGCUCUUUAUUAUUCUGCCGUGCUUUAUCGUGACCUAUAUACUCUAUCUUGACCUACCGCAUCCUACCUUGACUUACGUACCCUACUGUACCUUACAGUAGGUUAUCAAGCUCUAUCUUGACGUACAGUAUCUUAACUUGACUUACUGUACCCUACUGUACUUUACUGUUCUUUAUUACACUCUAGCUUGACUUACAGUACCGUACCCUAAAUUACUGUACCCUACUGUACCUUACAGUGCUUCACAUGCUCUAUUAUAACCUACCGCACCCUACCUUGACUUACUGUACUCUACUGUGCCUUACUGUUCUGUAUUACACUUUAGCUUAACUGACAGUACCUUAACAUAAAUUACUGUACCCUACUGUACUUUACUGUACUUUAUUAUGCUCUAGCUUAACUUACGGUACCCUGCCCUAAAUUACUGUACUUUACUGUGCUUUAUUAGACUUUAUCUUAACCUACCAAGCCCUACUUUUGCCUACUGUACUCUACCGUCCUUACCGUCCCUUCUAAAGUUUAUUUUCAGGCCCUAGGCGAUAUAAUGUUCCACAUACCUCAAGGUCGUGAAAUAAGCCUGAAACACAAAGCCGGUUGGCCAAUAUACAACAUUAUGAGCACGUAUGCCGAGUUCAAUCGUCGUAUGAUACCAGGCGUCGAAAUAUGUAAUGCUACACAUGGUACUGAAUACAGAUUUUUGUUUGGAGAAGCCGUGCUACUUCCUCAUACUGAACUUAAUGAGGAAGAUGAGGUUUACCGGAAGUUACUGAUCGAUUCUGUAGUCAAUUUCAUUAAAACUGGGUAGGGAAAGGCAUUUUUAUUCCAUUUCAAAAAUAUCUUUAAAAUAUUCAAAAAAAAAAUUUUUUUUUGAAAAAUUUAUUGUUAUGACACUAUUAAUAACAUCAAAAUAUCCUUUCUAGAUCACCAAAAUCAGCCGAAAACCAAAACUUUGAGUUGUUAUCUAAAGACCAUCCUUACAUUUAUACUGACAUUAGUACUGAAGCAGUAGUCAAAGAACCGUAUUACGGUAGAGAAUUGGAAUUCUGGAACAAACUUACCCAGAAAUACACAUAUGAUGCAGUUCGUGGCCAAAAAUCUAUAAAACCUGAACAUUUUGAAUUGUAAAUUUGAAGGAAUUGUAAUAAAUUUGUAGAGGAAUGUCAGUUUUUCAAAUUUGAGUUUCCUUAAGCUAAGGCGAGGGCUGGAGUCAAGAAAUAGGCCAAAGCUAAAGUUAGGAACAAGGCAAAAUCAAGACUAAAAUCAAAGCUAGUAUUAAAGUUAGGGCUAGAAUUAAGGCAAAGUUCAAAGCCAGUAUUAGGGUUAGGAGAUGUAUUACGGCCAAAGGCAUAGCCAAAAUUAGGGCUUGAGACAGAGCUAAAGCCAGAGUCACAUCCCAAGCCAGAGCCCAAGUAAAAGCCUAAACCAAAGACAAAGCCAAAGCUAGAACCAGAUUCACUUCUAGAUCCACAAGCAACGUCAAACCUACCCCUAAAGCCAGAGCCAGAGCUAGAGCUAGAGCAAGAGCUAGAGCCAGAGCCAGAGCCAGAGCCAGAGCCAGAGCCAGAGCCAGAGCCAGUGCUAGAGCCAGUGCUAGAGCUAGGGCUAGAGUCAGGGCUAGAGCUAGGGCUAGAGUCAGGGCUAGAGCCAGAGCCAGUGCUAGAGCUAGAGAUAGGGCUAGAGUCAGGGCUAGAGCCAGAGCCAAAGCCAUAG